AAACCCUGAAGCAUGAGUGCAAUUACAGUUGCCUGCAAAAAACGUGUAUAUCAUUAAGAUAAAGUAGUUAUGAGACUAGACUAAAAUGUGUUCUAAAUGUAUCAUCUUUCAUUUAGGUUAUCAGAUAUUAUCAAAAUUGGGUAAAUAAACAUCAUAUGUCUCGGUAUCACAUGUAAAUGAUUUAGUACACAUUUGUUUAAAUAUGAUUCAAAUUAUGUGGAAUUAUUUUGAUACAUAAAAUGGAUAAAAGAAUACAUUAUUGCUUGGUGGUUUUAUUGGUCAUAGAUGGGCUAUUUCUGUGUAAUGGAGCAGACGACCUUUCCAAAGACACAGCAUUAACGGAACCGGCCGGCCUGAAUCUGCCUCACAGUAACCAACAUGCAAAUGUAAAUGGACAAGGCGCGGACAUUAAUUUGAAUGAUGAUGAAGUGAACAUAACUUCCCAAUCAGUAAAAUCAGAACCACCAGCAACACCCCCAGAACCACCAGCAACACCCCCAAAACCAGCAUCAGCAUCAGUGGGAAGUACAACAGUUACUUUUCCACCGCAACCAUCAGCGGCAACAGCUACAAUGAAACCAGGAGGAAAAGACGCGACGAAAAUAAUUAAUUUACUUUUUGCCAUCCUAUUGGUUGUAACAGCAAUUCUGAUGGCUAUUACAGGAUUUUGUAUGAUGGGUCUCCGGCGUCGGUAUGUAAUUGUCUCGCAACAGCCAAGAUACGAACAACUGAAGACAGUUCCUGCAUGAGUUACUUCAUACAAAAAAUGAUUUGAUUUUAAUAUACAUGUCUGGAAAUGCAAAAGCGAAUUAUGGUUCAAGCAAAUAUUUUUCUGUGGUCUUUUUUGUCAAAAUGUGUCGAAAGAAAUUUCGUUUAAAGAAAUGAGAAAGAUCUGUAAUGUUAGCUUACAUUAGGGUCAUUUGACAUUCAUGCUGCUGUAAAUGUGAUUCAAAUUGAUAAUAAAAUAUAACAGGUAAACGAAACAA